AUGGCUGGAGGCUCAAGAGGGGACAAGUCUCAGCCUUGGACUGCAGCACGAUGUCAGCGGCUCCUACGUCAACUUCAGUGUCGCCUGGUAGCCCUACGAAAACUUGUCAACGAAGCCCAACAACAGACAACAAGCACUCGAACGAAACGACCCAACACCGAUGACGACGCCACGGGAGCCCGAAAGCGAGUGCGCUACACAUAUGGACGACGCCGUUCGGCUCCAGCACAGACAAAACCCGCAACAGCAGAACUGUCUACGCCUCCACGUUCCGUGCGUACUCUCGGUGCGAUGAAGAUCGACCGCUCAUCGCCAGGGGAGGGACGGGUUGACUUUCCGACGCCCUUGCUGCGGAAGUUUCGCGAGCAGUCAGCAACAUCUCAGCCAUUACCUACCAAGUCCGAAUCAGCGAACCCAUCUUCGUCAUCUCUUGUUGCCGACCUACAAUCCCUCCGCCGGAUCAUCCCUGAGAGCCAAUUUCGAAUCUACGAAGCCAUUUUUGGAUGGAUGAACACUCUACUUCAAUCGACCGAACCGCUAUCGCAGAUUACUCACCCCAAAUCGCUUCUAGGCAUGUGCCUCCGGAAGGUUCCGGCUGCUUUGGCCGCCAUAGAGGCUUGGGACAAGCAGAUCGCAGAGGAAGAAGGCACCAGGUUCAAAUGGGAGUCAUCCAAGGCGUCGACAGAACUCUACGGACAACUUGAGGGCUUUGGCGCGACAGGUCUCGGCUGGAAACCGUUGAAACUGGUCGUCCGGGCACAUGCCUUGUCUCUCCUGGCCGGAGCUGUAUCAGAGGGAUUAUUCGAGCCUCCCUUUGUACGACUACUAGCGGAGCUUUGCAUCAGUCUCGAGUCCAGCGAGGAAGCGGCCCGGCUCGUAUCAAGCCUCGAUUGCCCCCUGGCGGCGCCUCGCAGCUCAUCAAGCACCCUUGUGGAAAGCAGCACAGUUCAGCCACUGGGCGUUAUAGUCAAAAGCCUGCAUAGCCAACGUUCGUUCGGUGCAUCCUUUGAGUGCCUCUCAAGCCUUGUCCGUACUAAAAAGCUAUCGCUGAGUUGGUUGACAUCAAGGGCAUUUCAGGUUGUCUGGACUCGAGGCAUCGAGGUUUUGAACAGCAGCAGCCCAGCACCCUCAGCCAUCGACUUUAUCUGUACGGCUAUCGACCAACUAGUGUUGCACGACGGCAAGAAAACAGGGGCAGAGAAAAAUCCAGAAGAGCAGACCUUGGUGAGCGUCCUUGCUGCACUGACAGCGGCAGCAUGGACGCUAGGUACCGAGAGGUGCGACACCCCAGGACCGUGGAGGAGACAAGGUGCUCGACGGAUGUUACACGUGCUCGAGUGUUGCGUCGUUCAGCAACAGAAGCGUCGUGGAGCGUUUCGAAGCAAUAGUCUCUUUACCCUCGCUCUAGCACGAUUCAUUGCUACGGCCAUGAUCGACAGCGAUGUCAUCGAUCUGACAGCGAAACAACAGGCGAGUCAGGAGUGCGCCAGAUUGUUGACAGUUGGAAACGGAACACCGUCCCGAUGGCAAUACCGACAAACACUUUUGAUGGCCUGCUUCGUUGCGCAAUAUCGGGGACGAGCAUGUGGACUAGCGUGUCACGAUGUCUUAUCGGAGAUAUGUGCAACUCUUGAUGGUUUUGGGCUUCCCGAUUGGUUUCACGACGGUUUGAGAUCGGACGGGGCCUUUGUUUUGGCGCAGAAAACAAAGGACCUCCGAGAUGUUGCUUUUGCUGAGAGCCUUCCCGCGGCGGGCAAGGGCACUCUGGAGACGACCACCAUGUUUUCAGGCUGGCGAUGGGAAGAGGGCAUUGGCGAAUGGGUGCUCCCCAGCCCUGAGCCAAAGAUAGGAGGUGAGCCGAGACAGCAUCAGCAUAAACGGGAAGCGAGGGGCCAAAGGAGCACAGAUCUACACCAAGAUGAACGAGACCGGGUCAACGGCCCUAGAUGGAACGGGCCCGUCCAGAGUAGCAGUGCCAGAUGCGACAGAAGCAGCUCGGUGGGGAGCGACGAGGAUGAGGACGAUGACGACGAGGCGGGCACCACCGAAGACGAGGAGGAGCAUGAUACGAGCGUGACCACGGUCAUGGAUAUGGACAUGGAAGACAGUGAGGAUGAGCUUGGCGGUUGCGCACAGAUGGAGGGCUGUAACGGGGUCAAGGCCCGGUUACCAGCACGGGGGAUUGGGAUCUAUACUAGGGAUCCCAGAGGAAGCACGAACGGUGGGAACAAAAGCAGCAGAAGCGGAGGCACAACAACCGUAAAGGUGAUGAAGAGGAUCAAGCGCGCGGGCAGCACACGGGCCCGUCAAAGGGCCGGGUCCGAAAAGCUCGGCAGGGGCAGACCGGAGAAGCAAGAUGAAGACAUGCAUCUGCCGGCCGGGCUUGACUGGGACGACGACGAGCUUGGGAUGCCCUGA